GAGAGAGAGAGAGAGAGAGAGGGAGAGGCAGGUGGAAAGGGGGAGGGGUCUGGGGUGGUCCAGACAGUCGGUCCUUGUGUACCUCACACACUCUCAGCCUCUGCGCAUCAUUUAAGGGGAGCCCGGCUGUCGCUUUUCUCACCGCCUGGCUGCUUCAUAAUAACACGACCGCUCCAACGCUGCUCCGCCACUUUUUUUUUUUUUUUUUAAUUCUGUUUCACUCUCUCUGCGGCUGAAGCCGACCGUUCAACUUAAACCGACUCGCACCACCGUUAUAUGGAAAAUACAGCUCCGCCAGGCGCAUUUAUUCUCUCCGUACCCGAGAUGAAGCGCACGGUGGAAAACGUUUGAGGACUAAAGGAAACCAGCCGUGAUUCAUGGACGUACAGCGCAUCAUGAGAAUACUACAACUACCAACAAGGGAGGACCUGGCAUGGACCGCUGUGUCUAAAUGAAGUGGUUCAGCCAUGCAAUGUUCCUGGAAGGCAGUGAUUCUGCUGGCUUUGGCCUCCAUUGCCAUCCAGUACACGGCCAUCCGGACACUCACCUCCAAGCCUUUCCAGCUGUGCCCGUUGCCCAGCCCCCAGAACUGCGGUCUGGGGGGCCAGGAGACAGAACCUCCCUUUGAGCGAGGAGCAGCAGGCGGUGGAGGCUGCGAUGACUACCCUUACUUCUCCAUCAAUGCCACACGCAAAACCCACAUCCUGGUCCUGGCCACCACCCGUAGCGGCUCUUCCUUUGUUGGCCAGCUGCUUAACCAGCACCAGGAGGUGUUCUACCUGUUUGAGCCUCUUUAUCAUGUUCAGACCACACUGAUUCCACGUCUGUCACACAGCCGCAAUGCUGCGGACCGGCGUGUGAUGCUGGGCGCCAGUCGAGAUCUCCUGCGUAGCCUGUACGGUUGCGACCUCUAUUUCCUGGAGAGCUACAUCAAACCGACGCCCACAAACCACACCACAGAUAAACUGUUCCGCCGUGGUGCCAGCCGAGCGUUGUGCCAGCAACCUGUGUGUGAUGCCUUUGGCCCUGCUGAUGUGAAUGUCGAAGAAGGGGACUGUGUAAAGAAAUGUGCGACUCUGAACAUGACCUUAGCAACGGAGGCAUGCCGCGAGAAGCGACACGUGGCGAUUAAAAUUGUUCGUGUGCCGGAGAUUGGAGAUCUACGCGCUUUGGUGGAAGACCCACGGCUGAACAUCAAAGUGAUUCAACUCGUCAGAGACCCGCGCGGUAUCCUGUCGUCACGGAUUGAGACAUUCAGGGAUACGUAUCGUCUGUGGCGUAUUUGGAGAGCCACGGGGCGAAGGCCCUAUAAUCUAGACUUGAGUCAGCUCACGGUUGUCUGUGAAGACUUUCUCAGUUCUGUUUCGACUGGUCUCAGCCAUCCCUAUUGGCUAAAAGGGAAAUACAUGUUGGUUCGCUAUGAGGAUUUGGCCAGAAAUCCACUUCUCAAGACAAAGGAGAUCUAUGACUAUCUGGGGCUGCCUAUGGAUAAAAAUGUGGAAGACUGGAUACAUGCAAACACUCGGGGCAGCAAUGAGCCCUCAGCAAAACAUAAGUUUGGUACAGUGAGGGACUCUGCAGCUAAUGCAGAGAGCUGGCGUUUGAAACUGUCUUAUGACAUGGUAGAAUACACACAGACUGUGUGUCAAAAAGUACUUCACCAGCUCGGAUACAAGGCUGUGAAAUCAGUAGAGGAACUGAAAAACAUGUCCCUCUCACUGGUACAGGACAAAACUUUUGUACCUUUUUUGUAACAAAGAUAGUUCUCUAAUGACUAUUUUUGAUAUAUUUAUAAUUGUUGCCUUAUGAUUUCUUUAGUUUGUCGGUUUGGUUUCUGUAGUUUCGUUUCUUCAGAUUUGCACUAAAGAUUUUGAAUGCACCGAGGGAACUAUGGAUGAUUCCCCAAUGUUACAGAACAGCACACUUAAAACACAAAGUAAUCAAACAAGCUAGUUUACAGAUGUCUCAUUAUUUAGUUUUUUUUCCUCCAUGAAUAGAACUGAGACAGGCACGGUCUUCAUUAAGUUCCUGUAUGCAAGCAGUUGUUUCAACAAAAGUAAAAUGUUGCCCUUCAUAAACAUUGGAUAGGAGCUGCGAGGGGUUUUGGUAAAGCAGACAUGUUUUCUUUUAGACCUGUGUGGCAAAAUUUGGACUGUACAAGCCCUACUGUGCAAUAAAUAGUGAAUGUCGCGGUCAACCUUUACCACUAUGGCAUUUCUAUCCAUGUGGGAAGAGAAGAGAUACUUCUGACAGAUGCCACGCUUGCAAUGGAUAAUUGCAGACAAUUAAUAGGCUCUCAAGUUAAAGGGACAGAAUCCCAAUGGCGGUCAUGAGUGUUUCAUCAGAGGAUUUACAACCAUCUGUGAUAGACAAACACACACUAAUGAGAGAUAAUGUCAAAAUCUUCAUUACUGUAGGUAUUUAGAGAAUUUUUCAAGAUGAUUACAGCAUUAAAAAACAUGGAUGUCGACAUCAUAUAGGUCCAAGUAGACACUGAAGCAUUCUGAUGAGGAACUGUAUUUGUCAGUUUUAUUUAUUGCGUUAUUUAUUUUUUUUGUAGUCCAUUCAUUUGAAAGUACUCAGUGUGAAAUUUACAUGGCCUUUUCUGUCUUCAAUUAAAAAUGUUGAUGCUACUGUCGUCCAUUGAUGGUAACACAUUGAGGCACCACUUAAACAGUAAAGGACUUUGUUGUUUUUGUGCCACCUGAUCAGUGCGCAAGACGUGAAAAAAAGAAAACAUCCCAGAAUAAAAAUAGUGUAUGCAUUCUCUCUGAAGUACAAUAACAUCUCCUUUGACAGUUCAUGUUGGAUCUGUGUUUAUCCUCCACAUGAAAGAUUCAUAACAGAGGAAGAUACGUAUGACUUUGUAGAACAGGUUGCACGGCAGAUUCCCAUAUAUCCAGAAUGUGUGGAUAGCCUGCACUAUGAAACUCAGCCACGCUCACACAGUGUACGAACAUUAGAUCACAUGUAAAAAGAGCAUUACAGUAAUGACAGCCCAUAAUCUGGAAUAAAUCCUCUGAUCAUUAAUGUAGCAGUUGGCUUGCUGCUUCUACCAGGCAAUGUGAAAGGGUAGAGGGUCAUGGCUAAAAUACAGUACGCCACAGUCGUGUAAAGUAAUGUGUCCUUUUUUCGUCCUACUACUUAAAAAUAAUGCUGCACACACUGGACAGUUGCCAAAGCAUUAAACAUGAUGUUAUUAUUUUUUAAAUUUAUUUCUGAACUGUAGCAACCCCAGAAUUUUUUUAAUGGGGUGGCCAGAUGGAGGACGUUGAAAAUCUUGGUCUGGCACACCAAAACUAAAAGCCAUGACUUGAUUUCAAGAAUUCUGUUAUGCUUUUGUGGUGCAUUGAAAGCUCUGUCAAUUUUAGAGUUAAAGCACUGCACAGUGAAAUACUAUGGUUUCUUCUUCUACAAUUAAUCUGAUGGGCUUAGAGUAAUACUGGAACAGUUAAAGGGAUGGUUCACAUUUUUUGAAGUGGGGUUUAUAGGGUACUUUUUUCAGUGUACGCAAUACAGUUUGCCGCAGUUUGGAGAGGCAUGCUGGAGUCGAACACCAAAGCUAAGCAAUCUACUGCUAUGGACGGGUCAGCAACAAAACCUAGCCUAUUUUAGCGACCUUAAGAAAGUCACACCUAAAAAAAUCAGUUUCAGUUUCAGUGUGCGCUAUAUUGAAAGUAUUUCCACCACUUUACCUUUCCGGCAGACAGCCCGUUUCGACAGGGAACAUGUUAACCAUCUUCAGUUCCUUAUCUAUGCUUUCGUCAAAACCACCAAACUCCACUUACAAAAACAAUAAUUUAAGCUCGGUGAACACGGGAGCUGCUUGUCUACUUCUGCCUUGAUAAGAUAGUUAUUGUGUGACUUUUGUGAAUCUGAACCAGCCCUUUUAAAUGCUAAAGUCACACAAUUACACAGAUAAAUAACUGAUCGAUGCAGCAGAAUAACAGCAGCACCUGUGAUCAGCAAUCUUAAAUCACUGUUUUUCUCAGUGGAGUCUGGUUUUGAAGGGAGCAAUAUAACUGCUCUAUUUUCCAGUCGAAAAUCAAAGUUAAGUGGUGAAAAUACUUUCAAUAUGUCGCACACUUAGACCAAGGUUGAUUUUUUAAGAUAGGACUUUUUAAAGGUGCUUAAAAGUAGAUUGCCUAAUGUCGGACUCCAGCCAGCAUCUCCAACACUGACUGACAUUUACUUCAUGUAAUAUUCUGUCUAUGGAUAAGUACUCAAUACAACCCCACUUCAAAAAAUCUGAGCUAUUCCUUUAAAGAUUUUGAGUCCCAUAUUAUUGUGAUAUGUAUCUCUAUAAACGUGUCAGUCGAUUCACUGUUCUUCCUAUAAGCUAGUUGUACUUUUCCUUAUAAAGAUAAAUACAGGACUUUAAAUGAGUACAUUGAUUUUAAGGUACUGCGAACAAGUCUACUCAAUUUUAAAAUACACCACACUGAGGCCUCCCAUUAUUUUCAAUUAUUUAGGCAUGAAGGUGGGGGUGGGGGGGCAGCGGCCACACCUUGGCAGCGCCACUGUCUCUGAACAGACAGAGGCUUUUGGUUUUCUAAUCCAAUUCACACACCAUUCCUAAACUCAAGCACAAAAUUAUAUAGACAAAGCUGCCAGUUUUAUUUGCUGUAAAAUUAACCAUAUUAUAAGCAUUUGGUACUGAUGGAAUCUCGGACCAUUAUGUGGAUAUGGAUUGAAGACCCCAACUGGCACAAACAGCAAUGUUCUGGUAAAUAUUCCCACAGUUGGUUUAUAUUUGACAGAAUGUUUACCAUCUUAUGCAGUGGUUAGUUUGUCUUCCCAGUUACUGUGCAGAACACUGUGAUCAUUUCACGCCCUGCGCUGUAUUUCUAAAUCUCUCUCUGUUACUGUAGCAGCUUAAAUUGAAUGUCGGUUUGCAUUAUGUAGCACAGGAACUGUCAAGGUUGCGUGCACAACACACAGCUGGGUCCAUAAAAUGCAGAGUAACCUUUCAGAGUGAUAUUGGUAAACACUGUGCAUUCAAUAUGAUAAGCGUGUUGCACUUAAGACUUGGCUGAUAUGCAGCAGACAAAGACAGGACAGAUUCUCAAAGAUAGCAGAGGCAGAAUUAAUUGCCACUUUAUUAGAGAAAAUGUCAGUUUCUAGGUGUAAACGAAUGAUCCGGGUUUUCAGAUUUGCCGUCCUAUCACAAGACUUUAGACGUGUUAGAUAGCUUUUAGUGAAAUUAAUAAUACUAUAGAUCUGAUAAAUGUGUAAACUAAGUAAUGAUCAAAGUAAUGUCUGCCCUGAUGCUGAUAAAAAAAAAGUCUUUACCUUUUUUUUUUCUUCUUUUUUUUUUGUCAGUGUAGCUUUUUACAACCCGAACCAUUGAUUUCAACAAAUGGCAUCACUGCAGAUAACUGUGCAGUCAAAUAAGAUGGGUCCAUUGAUUUCCAUGCAAUGACCACUUGUUUACCCAUAAGAUAUAAACCCCGUGAAUGGAGCAUCACACACCCGGGCUCAUCAGUAUUGGUGACCGGAUGUCCAUUGAGAUGCAGAGCACAAACCUUUGAUCCUCGUCUGUGCCGGGGCUGGAGGCAAACUCUCUCUCCCUCUCUCCCUCUUCUCUCUGCCUGUGCUUUCUCCAUCAUCCACCUCUUUCUUUCUUACUGAGAUCUCAGGGGAUUGUUCCUUUGCUUCAGUGCUCACUCUCUGUUUUUCACUUUACCUCGGAAUCUUCUGGAUGUGCUUGGCAUACUUUUAAUUUUAAAACUGAAGAAAAGCUGCAAAUCUUAGUGCGUGUGCAUGCAUAUGAUUUCUUUGGGCAAUUAAAGCCAUAGUUUGACAUAUUGGGAAAUAUGGUUAUUUGCUUUUUGUUGGAGAGUUCGAUGAGAAGACUGAUACCUCUCACGUGUCUGUUUGUGAAAUAUGGAGGUACAUUAAGCAGCUGGUUAGCUUAGUUUAGUACAAAGUCUGGAAACACAGUAAAAACAAACAAAACCAAACGAGUCAACAGCAAAAAAAAAAAAGCUCUGGCAAAUUUUUCACGGGCGCAACCCACUUACUCAGCUCUGCUGCUCACCCCACAAAUGCAUGUUCCUUACAAAUGUGGCACCAUUUAAAAGGGAAAUAAACAGCAUUGUUACAACAAAGAAAUAAUCUACCAUACACAAAUUUCCUUACUUUUUGUGCUUUGUUUAUGAUAUCUUACAGAAUAGCACCCCAGUAAGUUUCAACUUAAAUUACAGAGACUAGGUUUAGGCAAGUAAAGUAACUGUGGUUGGGUUUAGGUAAAGAAAAACGGUGACCGCAUACCUUAAAAUGACCCAAAGUUCACUUCAAACACCGAUCUCCCUGGGAAAGUCCUGUGUUUUUUGACCUAUCCAUCACUCCAACCUUCCUCCUUAUGAGACCGCUUCCCUCUUUAUUCUUUACUCCCCACAGUGCAUUGAUCACAUGGUCAGAGCCUUCCAAAAUACAUUGGGUAUACACAAAUUACUGGCUCAUGAUUAAGAUUAGAAUAUGUAGGAAUUGUGGUGCACCACUUACGUAGGACAAUGUGUGAGCAGUACAAAAACUGACGCAUAAAAACACCAGACUAUGUCUUGGCUAGCUUCCCCAUGUCCAGUCUUUGUUCUGACUCUGAGUUAAUCAGCUUCAUAUUUACGCUACAGACAUGAGAGUAGUAUCUUUGAGGUAUGUACCGCAAUCCAAAUAUAAUAUUCGGGAAAGCAUGAAUACUGCAAUGGCAACAGGAAACAUUCUGACGAUUCUGUUUCCUCAAAUUGAUUUAUAUUAUUGUGGAUGGCCAAUGAAAUGACAAGGUAGUAGUGAGACAAAAGCUUGGUGUGGCAGCUUGAUUUCUUUCAGACCCCUGCAAUUUAUACAUCAAAGUAUAGGUUGGAAUCUGUAGUUUUUAGCUGUAUAUGUAGCCUUCCUCUAUCUAUGGGAAAAAACACUUAAAAUUUUGAAAAAUAAACAAGUUCUACCUUGAAUUUCAGUCAGUAUUCAUCUGUUUAGGAUGUAAGAUGCUCUAUCUAUCAGACAUAUCUUCAGUCAUAGUGACUUGUGGUAUAAACCCUGCCCACUCCUGGCCUCAUCAGAGACACAGAUAAUUUCGUUGUUUGAACAAACACGAUAAUGACGUCUCUGUGCGCCUUUUGUAUCAGUCUUGUCAGCUAACUCUCCACCAGAAAGCGAAGACACAUUUGUCCCAAAACAUCAGAACUUUUCUUUGAUUUCUCAGAGAAAUCACAUGCAUGUACACACACUUAUCUUUCCUGUAUUUUCUGUCAUUUUUGUAUUUACAAAACAAAAGCAACAUGGUCUCAGAACGCUACCAAGCUGUUACUGUAUAUGACAGUCUCUGUGUUUUUAAACCUGUCCAUUGUGCCAGUAUAUCUCUUUAUGGAUUCCAGAGGGCAUCAGCAGCUCCAGCCUCUGACAGCUAAAACUAGAUUGUGUUUUUUAGCUGUCUCAUUUAUAUCUCAUUCAUUUAUUGUAAAAAUAAUGAGAACUAACAUUAUUGGACAGAUCAUCAAUAGUCCUGCAUUUGAGUGAUAUUCCAGCUGAACAUGCACACUUUUGAACUGAAGCUCUCAAUUAAACUCAACUUGGCUCCUU